UGUUUGACGAGCGAUGGAGUUUAAGAGAAACAAGGACCUUAUUGCGUUUUCCACCUGCGCGGAAAAAUCGUCGAAGAAUCUCGAAAUUUCUUCGGAACAGAGACAAAGAUGGAGGAUGGACAGGGAUGCUGACAGAAAUGACUAAGGCUUCCUGUUAUACCGUCCUCCCUUCCCCUCUCUCUACUGCUCUCCCUCUCCCUCCCUCGCUCUCUCCCUCCCUCCCUCCCUCACUCCUUCCCCACCACUGCUCCAGGUCCCUCGUGGUCCCUCUCUUCCGUAUUAGUUUCCAAAAGGCAUCUUUAAUGCUGCCAGAGAGCGCGCUGUGAGGCAGCAAGAAAGCGAGGCAAGCGGAUUGCUAUCUUUGUGACAGCUUUUCCGCUUGGCAGGCUGUGUGUGAGCCGAGGAACUGGACUGGACUGUGGUGUUUCGUGGAGGAGGUGGGAGAGGAGGUGGAGGAGCAGGGGGGAGAACUGAGAGGCAAGCCGGACAGAUGGAGGACGGCACCCAACACCUGGGACACUGCAUGGUUGACAUGAAGGAGCUGAGCGCCAACCCUGAAGGACUGACUGCUGCCGGUGUUAUUCUAACACCCAAGCUGCCUCAGGUGGAGUUCAGCCUUGCCUGUAAUGAUCUGGUGGCCUCAGGAAGAGACAGGAAGCCCAAUGCUUUGGUCCAGGUGGCUGUCAUAGACCCCCACAAGCAGCACCUCGUCACUCACGCCUGCACAGAGAUAGUGGAGGCGAACAAAGACCCGCUAUUUCUGACUGGGGUGACCUUCCCUUCAGAGCAUCCUACUAGCCCAGAGACACUAGUCAAGCUAACUGUAUAUGAUGCAAAGGACAAGAGCCAGGAAUCAAACAGCUUCCUGGGUAGUGCCACAUUUUCAGUAGGUGAUCUGCUGAGGGCUAAAGAUGAACGACUGACCUUGAGUCUCAGGUCAUCUGAUGGUGUGUGCUCAGCAGGAACAGUGGUGGUGAGUCGUCUGAAGAUGGGGGAGAUGGAGGAGGUUGAUGUAGACCACAUCACCACCGACAUACCAUCCCAGAAGUGUCCCUUGGUUUGUGAGUUGGCGUCACAUGCCUGCGUCGACAGAGAAAACAACCCAUUGACAGGGCCGGUAUUCAAGAACCCAGUAUGCAAGGUGUACAGAUUUCAGACAGUGGACAGCAAGUGGAUGCUUGUACGGGAACAAAUGGAGGAGUGCACUUUGUCCUUCAGCAUCCCCAAACAGCUGCUCUCACUGUACAUUCAGGAGGACAUGAGAAGGGUGCAGGAUCUGAGGGAGCUGGGGGAGCUUUCACCUCACUGGGACAACUUAAGGAAGGAGGUGAUGACACGAUAUGGAGGAAUCAUCAGUUCCUACCAGGAGACCUUGGCUGAGCUGGACAAGAUUACUGGUCGGUCAUUCAAGCCAAGCUGCUGCAAAGCCCAGAAAUCUCUGGAGUUCAUCCCAAUAAACCUGCACACCCAGCGGAUGAGGGUGACAUGCCCCAGAAAAACAGAUGCAUUCUAUGACAUCGUCACUGUUGGUGCCCCUGCAGCCCACUUCCAGGGCUUCAAGUGUGGUGGUCUGCAGCGUCUCCUAAGCAGAUACGAAGCAGAGAAAAAGAGCUUCAGCACUGCCUACCAGUGUAUCUACUACUCUCCAGAGCACACAGCCAAAGCUCAGGAGGUACUCAGCACCAUGAGCCUCCUCCAACCCCUCAUCACAAGCUUGGCGGACCAACUCCUCCAGGCUGCCCAGGAGCACUCUUCAACUGGGAUAAAGGAUGCACUCAAGAACCUUUCUGACAAGACGGAACAAUUUGUUCACACACUUAAAGAUGAACUGGUCAAGAGUGCACUACUAGCACUGCAUACAGCGCAGCCCGGGUAUGUUUCCAAGAACCAGAAGCAAACCCCAGUGCAGGCAGGUCAACAUCAAGGCCACAUCCACCAGCACAGUGACCAGAAUCAGAGUCCAGUCCAGGGACUUCCAGGUCACAGUCCAGCCACGUCAGUCACUGAGAGCACGGUGGUGUGUAAUAAUCUGGAAGGAUCACAAACCACAACUAGAGGAGAAGGUGGGCCUUUGCCUCUGAAGCAUCAAGACUCCAUACCGCAUCAUAAAGAGUAUGAUGAGGAGGAAUGGGACAGGGUGUGGGCCAACGUGGCCAAAUGUCUCAACUGUGUCAUCGCCAUGGUGGAUAAACUCCAGGAGGAAGACAACAGCAAACAGGAGACAGUCCCUGAGCAGCAGCUAGCUGAUGUCAUCACCUCACACAACCCUGGUGACUGGAGGGAGCAGCUGUGUCCUCUGGUGACCAGGUUAAAGGAGUGUGUGAUGGAGGUAGUGGAGAAGGCUAAGAAAGCCAUGACUUUUGUGCUUCUGCAGGAGGCAGCCUGCAGCAUACCACAGGGCUUCCUCCUCCAACAGAGGCGAGACGUGGUCUUCAGUCAGGCACUGGCAGCCUUAGCCUGUGGUUUUGUCAUGAGGCUGUAUGCAGGAAUGCAGGACAAAGGAUUCAUGAGGCAGCUCCACCUGGUUGGCCUGGUAGCCCAGUUUGAGAGCCUGCUCAGCACAUACAGUGAAGAGAUUGGGAUGCUGGAGGACAUGGAGGUUGGAAUCUCAGACCUGCAAAGAGUCCUUUUCAAGAUCACAGAGGCCAAGACAGAUGACCUCAGUGACCUUCAGCCUUUAGUGUGUGGCCGACGAGACCACUUCACUGUAGAAGUGCCAUUACCAAGACUGGUUUUCCAGACCUUGCCAGAGGAGAUCAAGGAGGGCAAGCCUCUACGAGUAUUCCCGGUGCUGUUUAACGUGGGCAUCAAUGAACAGCAAACUAUAGCGGAGAGGUUUGGAGAUAUCUCCCUUCAAGAAAGAAUAAACCAGAAGAACUUUGAGAUGUUAGAAGCCUAUUACAAAUCAUUAAGUGAAAAGGUGCCACUAGAAUGUCUACCUUGUUUUCAAACACAGACGGACAUAAAGGAAUUACUUGAAACCCUGGGCCAGAAUGUAGUCACAAAGAAGAGAAAGAAUGUGGAGAUACUAUGGAUUGCUGGAACGAUCUGCCGAAGAUUAAAUGGCAUCAGGUUCACCAGCUGUAAAAGUGCCAAAGACCGGACAUCCAUGUCUGUCACAUUAGAGCAGUGUGCCCUCCUACGUGAUGAACACCAGCUCAGUAAGGAUUUCUUCAUCCGUGCUCUGGACUGUAUGCGGAGAGAAGGAUGUCGGAUUGAGAACGUUCAAAAGAAUAUUAGAUGCAGGAAAUAUGCCUUCAACAUGUUGCAGCUGAUGGCCUUUCCCAAGUGCUACCGACCACCAGAGGGGACUUACGGCAAAGCUGACUCUUGAGUCAUGAGCUGCAGGACCAGUCCUUCUGUGUUAUCUGAGAAUCCAAAAAUAUAACUGAUAGUGAAAAUGUAAAUUGUUUUUUAGUUUGUAACCAAAACAACUUGCUGAGUUUUGGAUUUAGUUUUGUUUGCUCUGGUAUUUAAGGAGGAUGACCAUCUGUCGUUCAUUCAGUUUAUCAUACACAUGUUACUUGCAGAAUUAAUGCACUUUUUUGCCUUGUAUAUUUUCCAUGACCUAAGCAGUGAUAAACACUGCAACUGCUUGGACAAAGAACACACUUGUACUGUUGUAAGAUGACCUGUGUGUGUCUGCACAGUAUGUGAAUGAUGUUUUUAUGUUAAUCACCUCAAGCAUGGUCAAGAAUGAAUUCCCGUUAUCCAGUGUAUUUUGUGGUAUAAAUACUGCUCUCCGUAAUGAAUCGGAAACAAGCAUUUCAUGGCCUCAUCCCAUGUUUGGAUCUACUGAGCUUGACAUUAUGAAAGUGCACAAUUCAAAACUGUAAGUGUGACCUUAUCUACAGGAGCUUAUGCAUUUCUGCAGUUCCUCAGCAAUGGAUAUAUAUACAUGUUUAUGGUAUCAAAUAUGCAGGUCCAAACUUUCCACGUAUGGAAGAUGUAUUUUUAGUAAGUUGGACCCAACUGUCCUCAGGGACACAAGAAACAUAUUCAUUUUUUCAAAGCAGAUGUUUAAUUCUGUUGCAUUUGGAUAACUCAUCACAUUCUCUUACUGGUUGUACUUGAGAUUUUUCACAAUAUUUUUAUAUAUCAAGGUACUGCCCAGUGAAACAACAUGAAGUACAGCUAGAAAUUAGAUUAGGAUGAGGAUAAUAAACCAUUUCUGUAUGAUAUGAAACAAAUUCCAUUAUUUAUUUUUGUAUUUCAAAAUGAUUUUAUAUUCUAAGGGUUGAUACCUUGGACUGUAAUGCAUGUUUAAUAUGUAUUUGUUUUGUUACACAAAUUUACCGUUGCCUAUUUAACAUUAAAUAAAAGAAUGUUUGAUGUGGA